AGUUGGGCGGGGGAGCAAGUGGGAUGGGGUAUCUCUAUUCCGUACAACAGACACAGUAGCUAGCCAGGAUACCAUCGCUAGCUAGGUGUUUACCUAUUUUUAACGCACGUUUCCCCUUAAAUGAACUUAUCUGAAUAUUGUUGUGACAUCGCCUGGUGUUGCUAGAUCUUUAUAAGAAGUUGAAUAAACAUGAGUGACCUGGGGGACAUUUGUCCCCACCUGGAAUCCAUAGGGGAGGUCACCAAGGAGGACCUUCUGCAGAAAUCCAAGGGAACCUGCCAAUUAUGUGUAGCAGGAGGUCCCAACCUCUGGGCCUGUCUUCAGAGCGAGUGUCCAUAUGUUGGCUGUGGAGAAUCCUUUUCAGAUCACAGCACCCUACACGCUCAGACUAAGAAACACAACCUGACAGUAAACCUGACAACAUUCAGGAUCUGGUGCUAUGUGUGUGAGAGGGAGGUGUUUCUAGAGCAGAGGCCUGCAGUGGUAUCUGCUAUGUCUGCCACACACACUCCCCACCACUGUAAAGCUAUGGACAACCAGGUACGCCAUCGCACAAAGGAUGCAGUUCAUCAACCAGUGAGUCACCACCGCCCGUUGAAGGCGGUGCCCAUCGCGGUGGCAGAAGAAGAGGGGUCAGAGUCGGAGGAGGAUGACCUCAAACCCAGAGGUCUGACAGGGAUGAAGAAUAUCGGUAACUCCUGCUACAUGAACGCAGCUCUUCAAGCCCUGUCCAACUGUCCUCCUCUCACUCAGUUCUUCCUGGACUGCAGUGGACUGGUGCGGACAGACAAGAAACCUGCACUGUGCAAGAGCUACCAGAAACUAAUAUCUGAGCUCUGGCACAAGAAACGGCCCAGUUACGUGGUCCCCACCAGUUUGUCCCAGGGAAUCAAGCUGGUCAACCCCAUGUUCCGUGGCUACGCCCAGCAGGACACCCAGGAGUUUCUGCGCUGUCUGAUGGACCAGCUCCACGAGGAGCUCAAGGAGCCACUGGCAGAGUACGGCAGGGGAGGGGAGGGGGGUGAGGGGGACGAGCAGAGGGAAGGAAGCGACCGCUCCCCCGCCGAGGACGAGUUCCUCUCCUGCGACUCAGGCGCCAGCAGCGACCGGGGAGAAGGAGGAGGGCUGGGGGGAGGCGGGGCUGCUCAUCCAGGACGAGUGCGGGGUGUUGCCGAGGGGACAGGAGGGCCCAUCUCGGAGAAAGAGAGGCUGAAGGAGAAGAGGGUGUUGGGCUCGCCCCUCCACGGAGGCUCCCAGGAGAUGGACGAGGACGCAGAUGUGGAUACGGCGGCGGCUGAGAAGGGGGCUCUAGAGAGGGGGCCCCCUCUUCCUCUUUCCUCUCCUACCCUCCUCUACCCAGAGCCAGACAACGAGGCAUCAAUGCAGCAGCGCCCCCAGUCUCGCCCUUGCAGCCCUGUCCAUACGGUCCAGGAGCUGCAACCAAAACUCUCCUCCAGCCCCCCUCGCUCUAGCACCCUCCGCUCUGCAGGGCCCACAUACUCCUUCAAGAAAGCCCAGCUGAUCCUGGGUGCCAAGAAGAAGAAACAGUCUCUCUACCGCAGUGUCAUCUCAGACAUAUUUGACGGCUCCAUCCUCAGCCUGGUCCAGUGUCUGACCUGUGACAGGGUUUCGACCACUGUGGAGACCUUCCAGGACCUGUCUCUGCCCAUCCCAGGUAAGGAGGACCUUGCCAAGCUACACUCCUCCAUCCACCAGAACCUCCCAGCCAAGACCGGGGUCUCUCUGGACGUCUACGGCUCCCAGGGCUGGAUCACCUACAUCAUGGACUCCAUACGCAGGUUUGUGGUGUCCUGUAUCCCCAGCUGGUUUUGGGGCCCCAUGGUAACGCUGGAGGACUGUCUCGCUGCCUUCUUUGCUGCUGAUGAGCUCAAAGGGGACAACAUGUACAGCUGUGAAAAGUGUAUAAAAUUGAGAAAUGGUGUUAAGUAUUGCAAAGUACUUCAGCUACCUGAGAUUCUGUGCAUUCACCUGAAGCGUUUUCGUCAUGAGGUGAUGUACUCCUUCAAGAUCAACAGUCACGUGGCCUUCCCAUUGGAGGGACUCGACCUCCGACCUUUCCUGGCAAAGGACAGCCUCUCCCAGAUCACCACUUACGACCUGCUGUCUGUCAUCUGUCACCAUGGCACCGCAGGCAGUGGUCACUACAUAGCGUACUGUCAGAACGUGAUCAACGGUCAGUGGUAUGAGUUUGAUGACCAGUAUGUAACAGAGGUCCAUGAGACGGUGGUGCAGAAUGCUGAGGCCUAUGUGCUCUUCUACAGGAAGAGCAGUGAGGAGUCAGUGAGGGAGAGGCAGAAGGUUGUGGCUCUAGCCAACAUGAAGGAGCCCAGCCUGCUGCAGUUCUACAUCUCCAGAGAGUGGCUCAACAAGUUCAACACCUUCACUGAGCCAGGGCCCAUCAGCAACCACACCUUUCUCUGCCAGCACGGAGGGAUCCCACCCAACAAGUACCACUAUAUAGACGACCUGGUGGUGAUCCUGCCGCAGAAUGUAUGGGAGUACCUGUACAACAGUUUUGGAGGAGGCCCAGCAGUGAACCACCUGUACGUGUGUGCUAUCUGCCAGGUGGAGAUAGAGGCUCUGGUCAAACGCAGAAAGGUGGAAAUAGACACCUUUAUCAGGUUGAAUAAAGAGUUCCAGGCGGAGGAGGCUCCUACAGUCAUCCUGUGUAUCAGCAUGCAGUGGUUCAGGGAGUGGGAGAACUUCGUCAAGGGCAAAGACAAUGAACCCCCUGGUCCUAUUGACAACAGUAAGAUUGGUGUGAUGAAAGGGGGACACAUACAACUAAAGCAAAGGGCUGACUAUGGUCAGAUCUCAGAGGAGACGUGGCAGUAUCUUCUCAGUAUCUACGGUGGAGGGCCUGAGACUGCAGUGAGACAGACAGUGUCGGCCCUGGCCCUCGACACAGACAGCCUGCACAGAGAGAGGAAGAUAGAGGCAGAGACCAGGGCACUUUGAGAAACACACACAAUGGUCGUCUGUCUGACUCCUACACCUGGGUGAAGAGAAGCCUUGUCAGGAGCACUUUGUAAAACAUAGCAACGCGCCUCAUUCUAUUACCUGUGCAGAAAGACAUAGUUGUCAAUUAUCAUCCUAUCGUAGUGAAAAGGUCUUAUUUAUUGAAGAAAUCUUAAUAAGAUUUUUAAGUGAAAAAUAACAUUGCGUGACACCAUGUCUCUGAAGCUGUUAGCAGCUAUGGUUGGUUGGCAGGUUAAGUCUAAAUCAAAAGAGCUGCUGCACUAGUGUAGUAGGUGUGUCAUCGUUAAAGGUGUUCAGACGAGAAGUGGAGGGAGGUAAUGGUGUUUGGGACCAUGAUGCCGAGGAGUGUGACAUCGUCAGUGUUAAUUGCUGCUUGACGACUCGGGUCAACAUGUACAUUCUUCUCCACACAAGACAUUCAGUGACGACACGUCGGCCACUCAUUUUUCUUUACUUUUCACGAGACAACAGAAGGACUGAUGUAAAAAAAACAAAAUGUAAAGCAUUAAAAGGAUGUUCAGAGUUGUAUGUUCUGCUUCUUUCCGAGGAGGACUACAGUGUUUUCUGAUUGGCGUGACUCGUGCCGUCUCAUCGCAUAGUCAAUUGACGUUAUAAUUUAUUUAUUUAAGUCUUGCAGAUUAAAGCUCAUCCCAACAAGACCCCCUAAUAGUGUAUGUUUACAGACAGUAUGAACAAGCAGAUGAGGGGAUUCUCUCUCUCCGUUCCUUAGUGAGUGAUUUCACAAGGUUUUGAGGUGUAGGAGAUGAGCCUUGUCUCAGAUCUGUUUGUGCCGUCUUACUAACGCUCUAUGGUUUAGUUGGCAAGAUGGCACAAACUGUUCUGGGACCAGGCUAUUGGGAAACUGCAGAAGAUCUACAGGGGAGGAGGGGGCCCUCAGGAGAGUAGCCCCAGGUCAGGAUAUCAGGCUAGUAGGGAGGAAAGAGAGGGGGGUCCAACCCCCAGUCCCCCUGCAGGGAUAGAGAUAGAGGUGACCAGUGUGGAAUAGUGAGAAGGGCUAUAUUUGUCAAAUCUCUAUCACGUCUCGUACUUCUCCCCAGCUCCAUAUCCCAGAAUUCAACACUCCCCCAGGUCACUAGCCGGCACCUGCCUGCACUUGUCUCUCUGCUUGGGGAAAUAUCAUAUUCACCCUUAUCCCUCUUACCAUAAAGGUUCAUUAACCUGCAGUGUGCAUGUUAGUACUGCACGCUAACACAGAUGUUCAAACUUGUUUUCCUUUCCUUUGGUAUUGGUUGGCAGGAGGAUGUUGUUGUGUACCCUCUUAGUAAAAACGGUUCCAAAAGGGUUCUGAGGCUGUCCCCAUAGGAGAACCCUUUUUGGUUCCAGGUAGAACUCUUUUGGGUUCCAUGUAGAAACCAGAUGGAACCCAAAAGGGUUCUUCCUGGUACCAAAAAGGGUUAUCCUAUGGGGACAGCUGAGGAACCCUUUUGGGUUCUAGAUAGCACCUUUUUUUCUAACAAUGUAUAAGAGGGAGAUGAUGUAAUCCAAGCGGGCAUGUCAUUAUGAGCUUCACCUGAGUUCUGAUUCCUUCAGUAUGCCAACUAGCCAUUUAAUGGUUAACUGACAUACGUUCAAGCGUGUCUGUCUACUGUAGCAAUGCUAUGUAAUGGAUGCUGAAUGACAGUGUUGGAACCUAAAUGUGAAAGUUUGAGUGAUUCUGUGAUGGUAAUUGGUAUGUUGGUGUCCGAAGAGAAGUAAAUGUUUCCCCCAUUUUUUUAAAUAUAUAUGUUUUGGUAUUCCGUAUUCCUUUGUUUUUGGCAAUUCUGUAAAGAAGUGAAACCUCCGAAGGGGGUUUGUUUUUGUGGAGAAGUGCAAUGAAAACCUUUCUCUGUGCUCAGACACCUUAGAGUUUCUUAUUAUUAUUAUAGGCUGCCAAUGGGUUGCUGAAGUGUUGUAACUUAGUUAUGACAGUUGACUAUACAGUGAGGGUCCCUGUGGUACAUUCCAGCGGUCUGUGAUUAUUUUCUUAAUUCACCUCUGAAUUCCUGGUUUGUGUGUCUACGUUGGGUUGUGUACACACACUUGCGUGUAAGAGUUUCAUUUUCACUGGUAAAUGGUUGAACAUAGGUUGCUGUGGUGGGAUUGAUUGCAUAGAUAAUAACUCGCCUCAUAUCUUUUCCCCAAAACAAUAAUAGGAGUUAAUCAACUGCUGUUUUUCAAUGACGAGAGAGAGAGUCAUAGUGAUGAUGAUCUUUUGAUGCUAUUUGACUUCUGUGGUUGAUCCACACUCAGAUGAUUGUCUGGGAUUGUCUGGAAAACAGAUGUAAUUAUAAAUGGUUAUAUGAUUAAAAGCCUGCUCUAUCUUGUGCUUGGUGUGUAAUCAUAUUUGAACACUGGUUUUCACUCAAAGGCACAGCACACAGUGUUGAAUUAGAACCAGAAGUUUGGUUUAUUGCUUGCUGACAUCCUUUUAACAAAUAUUCUCAUUCUGAACCAUGACACAACAAUAUGAUCAAUAUGUCUCACUUUGAUGUAUUGAUGACUACUUACCUAUCCCACUGCCACACCCCAUAGGAUACACUGAUUAGUGGUUUAGUAUCUGGUUAUAACGAUUCUGCUCACAGACUGUGCCAUCUUUCCAAACACUUAUAAGGGAAGAGUUGUGAUUUUUAAUCUCAGUAUUAAAAUAUCAUUUUGAAUGUUGGCCAGAUCAAUAGGUAAUCUAGAAGACCAGACGCUUCCCAUUGAUUAAGCUUUUAGGGAUGUUUAGGGGCCACUGAGCCCCUACUGCAUGCUGGGUAAAUUAAUGUAAUUGGACACACCCUCUUCUUGCUUUGGUGACCCCAUGUAUUGUGUGUGUGAGUGGAGAGAGAACAGUGUCGUCUCACUGUGAGAGACUGUGAUGUCAUAGUCUUUGUCCCCUACGCCUGGCUCUGCUCUGACUGUAUCAAGCGAACCCAGACAGAGUGAGGACUAAGGGGAGAGAGAAAGGAACAGAGGAUGGAGCACACUGAUCAUCCUUUGCAGACAGGAGCAGUUAAACAACAUACAAGGCUCAAAUACAUCCCGAGCUUCAGCUUUCACUGACCUGAGGAUCCCACAUCGACAGCAACUCUUCCAUGACCAGACUGACCAGCACCACAUUUCCACCAUGGGCUGUGCCAUGUGUUCCCAGUUGAUUGACAUGUGGAGCGUGUCGGUAAGGAGAACCAGCCGCAGGGCCAUGGAACAGACUGCCCUACCCAAGGCGCUGACAACAGUCACAACAGCGAUGACAACAGCCACAACAGCACCACCGGCAGCUCCUUCACCAUGGACUGGCAAGAGACGGAUGACUGACACUUGGGCAGCAGGUAGCCUAGAGAGGCGGGCCAGAAACCGGACGGUUGGCACUUAACCCCCAAAUCUGCUCCAUGGUUACUGCACCGUGACUGACCCUGGCUUCCAACCCCUCAGGCAUGUAUGUGGGGGGUUGGGUUAAAAGCAAAAGACGUGUAAUCUGCAAAGAAAAUGGACAAUACAUAAAUACGUUGGCUAAUCCUCUGUGUACAUUUACAUUUUAGUCAUUUAGCAGACGCUCUUAUCCAGAGCGACUUACAGUAGUGAAUGCAUACAUUUCAUACAUUUUUCUCCGUACUGUAUGUGAGUGAUUUCAAAUGUCCAUUAUUAAUCAACAUUGUAUUCAUUCUACAGUAUUAAUGAUUUCUCAUCUGUAUUAUUAUUAUUUUUUCUAUAGGGGGAAUUAGAAAGCCUCUCAGAACUCUCAAAACAUCCCACAAUGAUGUGGCCUUAUUGUCAAGACUCACACUCACCGUGUCAAUACAGCCAGGAGUUUUUUCUGACUAUGGACCUGACCAGGAAAAUAUAGCCUAUAACCAGGGUUGUUGAGAAACAUGUAAUCAGUUACAUCUAAUCUGAUUAAAGAACUGUAACUGUAAUCAGUUACGUUACCAGCAGAACAUUUGGACAGGUAACUGGUGGAUUACAUUUACAAAGUUACCUUCCCAACCCUGCCUAUAACUAGCACCUGGAGUUUUUCCAGGUCAGUUCAAGUGAAACACUCUGGGCCCUAAUCAGUCUACAAUAAAUCUAACAUUGAAAUGC